GAUUCCAUUUCCAUUUUUGUCCAAAAAAAAAGCUUCUUUUAUUUCUUUGUUUGGAACCAAAGUGUUGCUUGUUCCUUUUUCAUACCAAAAAGUAUAUUCCUUUCUCUAUCUCUCUCUAAUUGGAGACGAAGAUUAAAGCCCUAAUCUUUCAAAUGCAAGAAGCUUAAAGCUUGAAACUUGAUCGCGCUGUUCAAGUUUUCCGAUUCUGGUUUCAGGUAUUCAAUUAAUCAAUUUUUCUAGUUUCAAGGUGCAUUGUAUUUUUCUUUGUUCUUAAUAACACCCUCUACAUUGAGGUCAUUCCUUGGUUACUCACUCCUUUGGGCGAGUAAUCAUGAGGAAUAACUGGCUUUGGUUUAUGGAUCUCGAUGGAGGGUCGCCGUAUAUUUUUCCAGUUGAGCCUCUUGCAAUGAAUAGUUUUGGAGGGCACAUGUUUUCUCAGAUUACUUCAUUUAUGGACAACCCAUUUUACCAACAUAGUCAUUUAUCAUCCAUACCCGGAAGUUUAGCUAUUGAAGGUUUUAACCACAUUGCCAAGCUCGCCGGUGCUAUACUUUUUGUACUGUCUAGUGGAUCAAGUGUUAACAUAAGGGAAAUUUCGGGCAACCCACAUAGUUCCAAAACCAGAAGCUGUACAUCUUUUUCUCAAGUUAAACACAUUAAUUCUAGUAAACAAAACUUUAAAAAGUUCUGCUUUAGUUUUAGAUCACAAGGUGACUCUAGGAUGCCUGUAAUAUUUGGCAAGAUAUCGAGUUUUGUCUCAAAGCUUGUGUUCAGAGAAGCUGAAAGGUUACAAUCGUUUUCUGUACUUUCACUCGCUGCUGCGCUUGUUCCACCAUUGGACAACAUAUCUUCAAAGGUGUUAACUGCUCCAUUGGAGAAUUCUGAUGUCAUGGUUCAAAGGCCGUGUGAUGUGGACCAUCAAGGACGUGCAGGUCUUUCUUUUUCCGAUUUGAAUUGGAGAAGACAUGUAAUUGAGCCCAGAACUGGCAUUGAGUUUCCUAUGAUUUUGCACAACAUUUUAUCUGGAGAAAGUAAUUCCAAUUUAUGUUCAGAGGUCCUUGUUGGAACUGGAUCCAGAACUAUGACAAUAAUUAAAGUGAAGUCUUUGAAGAUCUAUGCCUACGGAUUUUAUAUUCAACUGUCAUCUGUUUGUGAGAAGUUGGGUCAAAAAUAUGCUUCAUUUUCGGCUGAUGAACUAAAUAGGUGCCAAGAAUUUUAUGACGAUCUUCUUAGGGAGGAUAUUGGUAUGACUGUUAGGCUUGUGGUUAGUUGCAAUGGAAUGAAAAUCAAUUCUGUGAAAGAUGCCUUUGAGAAAUCUCUUCGAGCACGAUUAGUUAAGGCUAACCCAAACACCGAUUAUCAUUGCUUAAGAGCAUUUGGCUCAUGCUUCACACAAGACAUUCCUUUGCCCGCGGGGACAACAAUUCAUUUUCGACGAACAGCUGAUGGUCAAUUGAUUACUGAAAUUGGAGGUGAUAAGGUUGGAGCAGUGCAGAGCAAGGAUUUGUGUAAGGCUUUCUUUAGUAUGUAUCUUGGAGAUGGUCCUGUAUCAGAGCAAACGAAAGAAGAGAUCGGAAGAAAUGUCUCGAAUAUAAUUAGAAGGUGCUGAGAUUGUUCAUUCAUGUCAAAUCUUCACUGCUUGUGAUUGUAGAUUUCUUUGGCUACAUUUAGUUUGGUUUUCAAGAGCUUCCAAAUUGGUUAGUAGUAGAUAACUAGGUAGGUAUGAUAUAGUAGAUAUUAAAAUUUGAAGAUUAUCACCAAAAUUAGGCAAAAAAGAAGAACCUUUCUACCAAAUUUGUAUCAUCAGGACCAUCAUCAUCAUCAUCAUAAAUGGAUGGCACUGAUUUUGCUUAGAUUUUUCAACUUUGAAUAUGGCUAAGGCCAACAAGUCCUUAUAGGUUAGGUCAUUAAUGGGAGGCUUACUUAGUCUUCUUAAUUCUUUGUAGCAUUUAUAUGUCUUUGUAAUUCUCUUCACAUUUAAAAUGCUAAAUCUCUAGUCCCUUGACAAAGUUUCAUAUGGGAUUAUACAAAAAAGACUUCUUUCUUGCUUUGCUAACUAUCUCAAUUGACAAAAAUAAACAAGUCAUUAAUUACCUUUUAAUCAA